GCCUUUGCGGACGGCGAAUGUAAAGACGGAUUGACGUCCGUAAGGAGCGCUUCUGGAGAAGCACAUGUUCUCGUUAACGAAAGACAACACUUCGCUAGUCUGUAAAUUCAUUUUUUUUGGAGGAACUCCCUAACUGUUGUCAUCGGAAGGAAAAUAAACGACCACGACUACCUAUUUCAAUGUAGUUAAUGACACGUUUACUGGUCAAAUUGUGGGGCUUCUCUCCAAAGUGCUUGAUGCGCUUUUAACACCGUUGGAUGUAAAGUCUGUUACAGGGGAGUCUGAGGUUGCUGGAGCGGAGUGGGUGAGGACUGAGAAGGAUUUCCUAACCGUCUCUCUUUCCUCAGACUUGAUCAUAUUUCACGAAGUCCUUUGGGUGUUACACAUCAGCUGUUCCACUGUAUAUUAUGGUCGUGCUGCCGUGAGACAGUUGGAUAGUCUCGACCCGUUCGUUCAUCCGCUGCCGUACACCCGCACAAUGACCUAUCGGCGGACCUACGGGAGUCAGAAGUUUACCGUGUUUUUGAUAGCUCUUCACGUCUUGUCAAUUACAAUAUGCUUCGGUGAAGAUGUGCGCUCCUCCAACAAGACCACUGAAGGGAGACCACUUACCGCAACCAAUCAGCAGAGGUCUACCGCCAAGCUGAAACACUACGGGACUACUGUACCUCUCCUAUUGGUCGGAGAAGAAGAAUGGAGACCAGUCACUCUGCUCCAAUCACAGGGCCAUCCUGCGUCUCUGAAGGUGCUGAUAGAAACAGAGGAGGAACAGCUGCUCCUGAUUCUGGAGAAAAACCAUGGUCUGUUUGCCAGUCACUACACAGAAACACACUACCUGGAAGACGGCAGCGCGGUCACCGGCUCUCACAACCUCACGACGAACUGCUACUACCACGGAAUGGUGCAGGGACACAUCUAUUCUGACGUCAGCCUCAGUACCUGCUCAGGUCUCAGUGGCUUCAUCUCACUAGAAAACAGAUCCUACGUGUUGGAGCCGUCAACGGAUCCCCCCAGUGGAUCCCACAGGAUCUACCGGUCAGAACAGCUCAACUUCACACCUGGCUCGUGUGGCCAUGGCUUCAACAUAUCGCUGGUUCAUGGAGACGCCCAGAACAGCCACAACCAAUCAGACAGCCCCUUCGGAGCCUUCAGCACCAGGCAGAGGAGACAUACCCAGAGCACCACCAAGUAUGUGGAGCUGAUCAUCGUAGCUGACAACAGAGAGUUCCAGAAACAAGGGAAGGAUGUGGAGAAGGUCAAACAGAGGCUGGCUGAGAUCGCCAAUUACGUGGACAAGUUCUACCGUGCCCUGAACAUCCGUGUAGCUCUGGUGGGGUUGGAGGUGUGGAGCGACCAGGACAGGUGUCCAAUCAGCCAGGACCCCUUCACCACCCUGCAUGAGUUCCUGGACUGGAGGAAACUCAAACUGCUGCCCAACAGGCCCCACGAUAAUGCACAGCUAGUCAGUGGGGUGUUCUUCCAGGGUACCACCAUCGGCAUGGCACCCAUCAUGAGCAUGUGUACAGCAGAGCAGUCUGGGGGCAUCGUCAUGGAUCAUUCGGACAACCCCCUGGGAGCAGCGGUUACUCUGGCCCACGAACUCGGGCACAACUUUGGAAUGAACCAUGACACCCCAGAGCGGGGGUGUGGCUGCAGGGUGACAGUGGACCGAGGAGGCUGCAUCAUGACCCCCUCUACAGGGUACCCGUUCCCUACAGUAUUCAGCUCCUGUAGUAUAAAGGAUCUGUCUGCCAGUCUGGAGAAGGGCGUUGGGAUGUGUCUGUUCAACAUGCCUGAGGUCAAGGUUCUCUACGGGGGACAGAAGUGUGGCAACGGAUACGUGGAGGAAGGAGAGGAGUGUGACUGUGGAGAACUGGAGGAGUGUAUUAACCCGUGCUGUAACUCUACAACCUGUACUCUGAAGGGGGAUGCUGUGUGUGCUCACGGACAGUGCUGUCAUGACUGCCUGCUGAAAGCAGCGGGCACCCCGUGCAGGGAUUCCAGUAACUCAUGUGACCUGCCAGAGUUCUGUACCGGCGCCAACCCCCAUUGCCCUGCUAAUGUGUACCUGCAUGACGGGCACGCCUGUCACAAUGUGGACGGACACUGCUACAAUGGGAUCUGCCAGACACACGAGCAGCAGUGCAUCACUCUCUGGGGUCAGGGAGCCAAGCCCGCCCCAGGGAUCUGCUUUGAGAGAGUCAACUCGGCAGGAGAUCCCUACGGGAACUGUGGGAAGGACUCCAGGGGAUCCUUUGCCAAGUGUGAAGCUCCAGAUGCUAAGUGUGGCAAAAUACAGUGUCAAGGAGGAGCCAACCGGCCAAUAAUAGGCACCAAUGCCGUCUCCAUAGAAACCAACAUCCCCCUACAAGAGGGGGGCCGAAUCCUGUGCCGGGGGACCCAUGUCUACCUGGGGGACGACAUGCCUGACCCAGGCCUCGUCAUGUCGGGCACAAAGUGUGGCGACGCCAUGAUGUGUCUGAACCGGCAGUGUCAGAACGUCAGUGUCUUUGGAGUGGAGGAGUGCUCAGAGAAAUGCAGCGGUCGAGGGGUGUGUAAUAACAACAAGAACUGCCACUGUGAGGCCCACUGGGCUCCUCCCUUCUGUGACAAGGCAGGCUUCGGGGGAAGUGUGGACAGUGGACCGAUGAGGCUAGCAGACUACGGUGGCGUGGCGGUGGGGGUCCUGUUGACUCUAAUAACCUUCCUGGGAGCCGGCCUCAUCGUCUCCAUCAAGAGAAAGACCCUCCUGAGACUACUCUUCACCAACAAGAAGAACCCUAUGGACAAGAUGAGGUCGGUGGGGCCUAACAGAUCCUCCGGUCCAAGCCAUAGAGAUUCCCCACGUGGCCAGCCUCAAGCCCAGACACAGACACCGCCACAGAGACAGAAACACAGCAGCAGCAUCUUCAAGCCUCCUGCCCAAAACCAACACCCCCCUGGACAGCCCUACCCCUCCCACAGCCAGCGACGACUACCCCAGUGCUCCCCUGUUCACCUCAGUCACCCCGUCCCCCUGUCCCUGUCCACUACGGCCGUCCCUGGACCAGGACAGCCCAGACCACCUACUCCCCCUCCUCACCGAGCCCUGCCUCCCCAUGGACCAGGACAGCCCAGACCACCUACUCCCCCUCCUCACCGAGCCCUGCCCACCCAUGGCCAAGGACAUGCCCACAGCCACACCCAGGCUCCGCCCAGAGGGGCAUCGUUUCGCAGUGUGCCACAGCAACAUAACUCCUGCAGGAUGGUCUUGGAUUUGGAGAUGCCAAGUCCACCCCAGAAACCCCUACCUGCCGAUCCCCUGGGCAGGAAUACCCAGAAGCCUCUACCUGCCGACCCCCUGGGCAGGAAUACCCAGAAGCCUUUACCUGCCUACCCCCUGGGCAGGAAUUCCCAGAAGCCUUUGCCUGCUAACCCUAACCCUAACUCCCCCGGAAGGAGUGGUCAUCUGAUUCGUAGUCCCAUUGCUGUUGGCGUCCCCAUCCCUGUACCUGUCCCCGGUGUCCCCAGGCCGCUGAGACCUGUUCCACACCACAACAGAUCUGUUCCUAAGCAACCCCCAACACUACCUAAGCCUCGUAUGAUCGUCCACGCCAAGUUCAGCAGCUGAGAGCAGCUGGACUAAACUUGAAGGGGAAUUAAAGGACGUUCUUUCCGCGAGACGACAAAGACAUUUCACUUGCACUAUGAAACUCUGAAAACCUUAAUGAUGUGGUGUCUCUGAGUUUUUGAAUAACGGGGACGGAGCGUUGGGCGGGUGGCGUGUCAGCGAGUC